AUGGCCAGCCAUGAACAGAGUCUCCAGUCUGACAACCUGAGCCCCCAGCCAAGCACUGCGGCGUAUCCCCUGGAGGUGACAGUAAUUCAAGUCAACCCAGGACCAUCAGCUGAAUUCCAAAGGCAAAAAAAGCCUUUUACUGUAACCUGGGUUCUUCACUCAGCUCCCUGUGUGGAUUCCAGCCCCCUGCCUCCAAACACUGGCGGCAGUAAGAGGAAGAGGGAGCAGUCAACAGAAGAGGAGGGUGAGGAGGAGACCACCCCUGGGCCUGAAAACAUCGGGGCCCUAGAGACAGUGUGCGGCCAGGAAAUGAGGCCAAAGAAGCAGCGCACAUCCACAGUGCUGCCAGAACACCAUGAGGCCUUCGCCAGGCUGCUCAAGGACCCUGUCGUGAAAGGGUUCCUGGAGUGGGACAGAAGCCUGAGGCUCACAGACAAGUACCUGCUGGCCAUGGUCAUCGCUUACUUCAGCCGUGCGGGCCUCUUCUGCUGGCAGUACCAGAGGAUUCACUUCUUCCUGGCCCUCUACCUGGCUCUUGAUAUGGAAGAGGAUUACCAUGCCCCUAAAGAGACCAUCUUUUCCUUCCUCUAUGGGGACAGCAACUGUGCCCGGCGUCCCUUGUUCCACAAACUGCAAUUUCAGUUCUUUCGUUCCAUGGGCUACAGGGCAUGGGUCACCAAGGAGGAGUGCGAAGAGAUCCAGGCCUUUGAUCCCGAGCUGUGGGUGUGGAAGCGAGAUCGCAGCCUCCUUUCUGACCUCACAGAGCGUGAGGUCGCUGCACCCACAGGAGAUUCCAGUUCUCAGCAGCUAGUCAAUCCAGGCGCUAAUAACAGGCAUGAGGAAGGGAAAGAGGAGCCUCCUGUGCAGAUAAUCUAG